GCCUCUUCCGCGCGCCCUCUCCCCGCCCCCGCACUCCUGCCCCGCACCCCUUCGCCGCGCCUCACACCUUCUACCUGCUCCUACCGCUUCCCUGCGCCCUGUCUCCGCGCUCGACCCCCAUCCCUUCUCCGCGCUCUCAACCCGCGUUCCUCCUUUUCUGCGCCCUCACCCUUUUCCCGCGCGUUCCCCUCUCCCCGCGCCCCACCGUCUCCCACGUCCGCCUCUGCGUCCUUCUCCGCGCCCCACCUUCUCACCGAGCCUGAGCCCCGGGUCCCGGCCCGCAUCCCCCUACCCAGCAACCAGGUCCCCUUUUGGUGGCGGUGGCGGCGGCGGCGGGGGAGGAGGCGGCACGCAGCUUGCCUAGCUGGCGACCGAGCCCGCGACCGGGACCGCGGGCUGAGUGGUUGUUCCCUGGCAUGACCUCCUCGUUGGCCGGGUCUGGGUCUUCAUUUGUUAACCCCAAGCUCCACCGCCAUGAAGGUGAAGAUUAAGUGCUGGAAUGGCGUGGCCACUUGGCUGUGGGUGGCCAACGACGAGAACUGUGGCAUCUGUCGGAUGGCCUUUAAUGGCUGCUGCCCGGACUGCAAGGUGCCAGGCGACGACUGUCCCCUGGUGUGGGGCCAGUGCUCCCACUGCUUCCACAUGCACUGCAUCCUCAAGUGGCUCAACGCACAGCAGGUGCAGCAGCACUGCCCCAUGUGCCGCCAGGAAUGGAAGUUCAAGGAGUGACGCGGCCCCUCUGGGCUGUGACAGGGUUGACACGAGGACUGGAGCUGCGUUUGUUUUUCAUCACGCGUUGACGCUUUUAUCCAAUAAAUAAAACUCAUUGAAUUGCCUGA